CCAUCUUUUGGAUAAAGCUUUGAGGCCUCUCUCCGCCUCCCUCCGUCGCGGCUUCGCUCUGUCGCCUGUCUCUCCGGAGAUUGUUGCCGACGGGAUGCUCGCAAACCCUACACUACGUCAUGGCGGUCGCGCUCAUCCUUUCUCGUCUCCCUCGCCUCCUCUUUUCUUGUCUUCGCCGUGGCGCACGAGCCUUCUGAUCGCCUCCUCUCGCGUCUGCCCCUUUGCCCCCUUCUCCCGCUCCUUCUCUUCCUUCCCAUCGCUCGGAUGGAAGCGGAGGAGGUAUCGGGUCGGCGCUUCUCUGGAGUCGGUUCCAUGCGAGGUAGGCGGCUCCGCGGAUGAUGGAGCCGGUACCGUGUCGAACAAGUUCUCCGUCGAGAUUCCCUUCGGCAACCGUCGUAUACUGGUGGAGACGGGCCAUAUUGGGAGGCAGGCUAGCGCUUCUGUGACGGUCACCGAUGGGGAAACCAUUGUGUACUGUUCAGUAUGUCUAUCUGACGUACCAAGUGAGCCUUCUGAUUUUUUUCCACUCACUGUAAAUUAUCAAGAACGCCUCUCAGCUGCCGGUCGAACUAGUGGUGGGUUCUUUAAACGAGAAGGGAGAGCAAAAGACCAUGAGGUUCUUACUUGCAGAUUGAUAGACAGACCUCUGCGUCCGACCAUGCCAAAGGGUUUCUACUAUGAAACACAAAUAUUAUCAUGGGUUUUUAGCUAUGAUGGCAUUCAUUCCCCUGAUUGCUUAGCUGUCACAGCAGCAGGCAUAGCUGUAGCUCUUUCAGAAGUACCCUACACAAAAAUAAUUGCUGGUGUCAGAAUUGGUUUGGUGGGAGAAAAGUUUGUCGUCAAUCCAACUACCAAAGAGAUGGAAGAGUCAGAAUUGGACUUGAUAAUUGCAGGGACUGAUAGUGCCAUAUUGAUGAUAGAGGGCUACUGUAACUUUCUCACAGAAGAAAGGCUGCUUGAAGCUGUGGAGAUUGGGCAGGUUGCAAUAAGGGAGAUAUGCUAUGAAGUGGAGUCCUUGGUUAAGAAGUGUGGAAAGCGGAAAUUGGUUGAAGCUAUCAAGUUGCCUCCUAUUGAGCUUUAUAGGCAUGUUGAAGACAUAUCUGGUGAUGAUUUAGUAAAAGCACUGCAAAUAAAAAACAAAAUACCAAGAAGGAAGUCUCUUUCUGCCAUAGAAGAAAAUGUCUUGACAAUACUUACUGAAGAAGGCUAUGUUUUGAAGGAAGAAACCAUUGGAGGUGUGGAGGUGUCAGAGGAUGUCUAUGAGGAAGAAGAUGAAGAUGAGGUCAUAGUUGUUGAUGGUGAAGUUGAUGAAGGUGAUGUUCAUAUAAAGCCAAUGUCACGUAAACCUGUGCCCCUGCUAUUCUCUGAGGUUGAUGUGAAGCUGGUCUUCAAGGAAGUCACAUCCAAGCUUCUCAGGAAGCGUAUUGUGGAGGGUGGAAAACGCAGUGACGGUCGAAGCCCUUCAGAAAUUCGUCCAAUUAACUCACAGUGUAGAUUACUUCCGAGAGCACAUGGAAGUGCUCUGUUCACUCGUGGAGAAACACAGUCACUUGCGGUGGUUACUCUUGGAGAUAAACAAAUGGCACAAAGGAUAGACAAUCUUGUGGAUACAGAAGAAUUAAAGAGAUUUUAUCUUCAGUAUUCAUUUCCACCAUCAUGUGUUGGUGAAGUUCGGCGGAUGGGAGCACCCAGUAGGAGGGAGAUUGGUCAUGGGAUGCUUGCAGAACGUGCACUUGAACCUAUUUUGCCUUCUGAUGAGGAGUUUCCUUAUACCAUUCGUGUUGAGAGCACCAUAACUGAAAGUAAUGGCUCGUCGAGUAUGGCAUCUGUCUGUGGUGGUUGCUUGGCACUUUUAGAUGCUGGAGUUCCUAUUAAGAACUCUGUUGCUGGGAUAGCAAUGGGUAUGGUCUUGGAUACAAAAGAAUUUGGAGGGGAUGGGACGCCACUAAUUCUGUCUGAUAUUAGUGGAUCUGAAGAUGCUUCUGGAGAUAUGGAUCUUAAGGUUGCGGGUGAUGAAAAUGGUAUAACUGCAUUUCAAAUGGAUAUCAAGGUUGGAGGGAUUACCUUGCCUGUAAUGCAACAAGCACUUGUUCAAGCAAGAGAUGGACGGAAACAUGUUUUAGCUGAAAUGAUGAAGAGCUCCCCCCCUCCAUCAAAGCAACUCUCUAAGUAUGCUCCAUUGAUUCAUGUUAUGAAGGUUAAACCUGACAAAGUCAAUAUAAUUAUUGGGAGUGGUGGGAAGAAGGUUAAAAGCAUCAUCGAGGAGACUGGAGUUGAAGCUAUUGAUACCCAAGAUGAUGGGCUAAUUAAAAUUACUGCAAAGGACUUGUCAAGUUUAGAGAAAUCAAAAGCUAUAAUAGCCAAUUUGACAAUGGUUCCAACCGUUGGUGAUAUUUACAGGAACUGUGAAAUCAAGUCAAUAGCACCUUAUGGAGCUUUUGUUGAAAUUGCACCAGGACGGGAGGGUCUAUGUCAUAUCAGUGAGCUUAGUUCAACUUGGUUGGCAAAGGCUGAAGAUGUUGUUAAUGUAGGAGACCAUGUUGAUGUGAAACUUAUUGAGAUAAAUGAAAAGGGUCAACUUCGAUUAAGCCGUCGAGCCCUGCUUCCUGAUGGAGACCUGGACACUAGUGGAAAACCAAAAACAAGUAAUUCCAUAAAAGAGAAUAUACCUCCCCAAGAUGAUCUUGUUAAAAUUGCAGCGAAGAAGCCGUUGAGAAAAGAUGAAAAGGAAAACGCUAUAAAGAAAUUAGCUCGCCCUGUUAGAGAUGGUCAGUUUGUCAACAAACAAAAAAAGAGCAUUGACAAAGCAGUUACUGGUGUGGUUCCGUCAGAAGGAAUGAUUAACGGAGAAGUCAAAACUGGGUAGUGGUUGUGUAUUAUCUCAUAACUUGCUUAAAGUACCACAGCUCAGAACCUCUGGUACUGAAUAUGCACUGCAGUCUCUGGGAAAGGAUCUCAAGAUGUUGAACGAGAUGAUGCUGGUUUCUUAACUGUAUUCAUUAACAUCCGAGGAAGAUGGUGGCUCCAUUUGUUUCUUUCACUCCUGAGUAGCCAUUAUUUUGAUCAUCAAACUGGACUCUGACCAUGGAUGCAUUGCAGUAAACCGUGCAGAAUAUCUGCCAUCAUUUACACCCUGCUUUAUGCAAAUUGCAAACACUUUCUUUGGAUGCAUUCCUUUUUAUUUUUUCAUCUAAUGAAAGCAAUGUGAGAUUCAGGAUGGAUUUCCCACAGCAAGAGCAAUCAUCAGAUUAGAACAGACGAGCAAAAUUAUGUGUCUUAGUUAUUUCUUUGGUGUGGGAAGAUGAGAUCAAUUUGGCAGAGUAACUAGUGGAUCUUUCUCCUUUUCUUUGGCCUGCCAUGGGUGAGCCCGAACCUACAACUAAUUAGAGUUGAACAAAUUUUGUUGUUGUUGUUGUUGUUGUUGUUCAGUUUAUUUGUUUUGGUAAGCUUGUCUCUAUAAAUUAGGAGGACGUACAAUCAAUUGUAUAUGCAGAAUAUAUGGUGUUGGACACUGCUGAGAUCUUGGCUACAUUACAAGGAAGUUGGGAACCUCUAUUUUGUCAAGACUUAUUUUAUUUUAUUAUUUGUUUUUUAAAA